UAAAUUGUUCCUUCAUUUCUUCUUCCCCCGUUUCUCUCUAUCAGAAACCCAAAAGUGUUUGCAACAAAGAUGGCAAAUAAAUAUUCUACACUUUCUUACAUAUUCGCAAUUGUAUUUUUAUCACCGUAUGGCGAAGUUGGAUAUAGUCGUGCCAUUGGAACGAUAACUAAUUCUGAGUACAAUAUUGAUGAACUCCGAGUGAUACAACAACCAAUUUUUCAUUCACUCAAGGAAACAAAACUAGCGGCGCCGGUUACAUGUGAACCGAAAUAUGGGUUUUUGCCAUGUACAAGUGCACUAUGGGGAUCAUUGUUCUUGGUAGUUGUCUAUGAAUAUGUUUCGUAUCUUGGUGAAAGAUAUAUUUCCAUGGGCAGUGAACUUAUGUUCAAGGUUCUUGGUCCAGGUAUAUUUGGCGCUAGUGCUUUUCAAAUCCUUGGUUCACUCCCCGAAGCCAUCUUAGUUAUGGCAACUGGAUUAUAUGGAACUAAAGAAGUAGCACAAGAUCAAGUGAAGUUUGGAAUAUGGUUACUAUCUGGAUCAACAAUAAUGCUUCUUACAAUAUUAUGGGGUGCUUGCAUUGCUUGUGGUUGUUAUGAUCUGUCAUCUCCUCCUCCUUUAACUCCUACAUCUUCAACUGAUCAUCUACUACUUUCAGCACCAGCAUUAGCAUCUUCGACUAAACCAUUAUCAUUAACUGGAUAUGGUGUUACUAUUGAUAUCGAAACUAAUUAUACUGCUGCCAUCAUGAUGUUCUCUUUGAUCCCAUUUAUGGUUGCGCUACCACAGUUAUGGGGUGCGCCUUUGGGACAUUACCCGGUUCUAAUUGCUCUGAUUUUUUCCGUCAGUUUUCUAGUUGCAUUUAUCUUUUAUCAGGUUUUUUCACCAUGGAUCCAAAAUAGAAGACUAGAAUAUGUUAUGAGUAAAGUGUUGGGAAAAGUUGCACUUGGAAAGCUCCUCAGCGAAGACGGUGUUCCCAAAACUCCCAUUAUAAAAGAGUUGUUUCAUAAGAUUGAUCGGGAUGAUGACGGAUUUAUUACUCCUAAAGAGAUCAGAGGACUUAUUAUAGGAGUUCAAUUUGAAGAAGUAGGGUUCAAAAAAGAUGAUUUCUUAGAUAAUGUGAUGGAAGAAUUUGAUAACUAUGCUGAUGUUCAUAUUGAUGAAGAUGAAUUCAUUAAAGGUAUCUCAUCCUGGCUAUUGAAAACUAAACAGUCUGCAUAUAAGCGAGAUCGUAAGCGUCGCUGCCAACGUAGCCCCAAUUCAACCAAUUCUCAGGUCCAUGAUGCAACUACAGAGGAAGAGCAACAUUUGCUGGUGAAUGAACCGAGUCUUACGACACAUAUAGUCACGCAUAAGGACAUACAUGUGUUCGAGAACGUGGUCUGGACAUUUAUUAAAGCUGUCUCACUGUUAGUACUUGGGAUAGGAGUCUUAGUACUGUCUGCAGAUCCUCUCAUCGAAUCUAUCCAGAAUUUCUCAAAUGCAGCAAAUAUCGACCCGUUUCUCUUUUCGUUUGUUGUAUUACCUAUUGCAGUGAACUACAGAGAAGCAAUGUCAGCCAUUAAAUCUGCUCGCCAUAAGAAACAACACUCUGCAUCUCUAACUUUAUCCGAGAUUUACACUGCAGUUUUCAUGAACAACAUCGUCGGCAUAUCUAUCACUCUAGUGAUGGUUUAUGCUCAAGGCUUAGCAUGGGAUUUUGCGGCAGAGGUGUUUGUGGUUAUGACUAUAUCUAUCUCAAUGGGUUUUAUUGGUUUACGUUGCAAGACUUUGCGCUUAUGGACUAGCAUUGUAGCGAUUUUCCUCUACUUUUUUUCUCUUUUCUUGCUUUAUGCUCUUAUUAAUGUUUUCGGCUGGGUUUAGCAGCUAGCUACUUAUAAAAUGUGUAUGGUGUAGAUUGAAUCUUAAGCAUUCCAAGAGUUUAUUAUUGUUGUUGUAUAGUUACAAAUGUCUUAUAAAUCAAAAUUCAAUUGUAGUCAA